ACUAACAAUACGCUUGAUCCUAUCAUGCAGCUAUUGUAUCGGACCUGCAUAUUUUGAAACUAUGUAGAUUCAUAAUUUGAAAAGCUGUUGGCUGAAAAAGGGAGGGAGAUUUGGCUUCAUUUGUCGGAUAAGAGUUUUCCACCAUGAGCGAGACGGACGCUGCUGCUAAGACGACGGAGGAGGUCGCGCCGCCCGUCGAGACGGAGAAGAAGGCCGAGGAAGCUGUAGAGGAGGUCACGCAGUCGUUGGAGGAGAUCUUGGCUCUGGGCCAGGGUCUGGAUGACGAGGACUACAAGGCCGAGCUCGAGGUGUUGCAGAAUGACCCCAACUCCAACCUCUACUCGGCCGUCACCUUCGAGGAGCUCAACCUGCCGGAACCGCUGCUCAAGGGCGUAUACAACAUGAAAUUCGCCAAGCCGUCCAAGAUUCAGUCCGUAGCGCUGCCGCUUAUCCUCGCCGAUCCCCCGGAGAACUUGAUCGGCCAGGCUCAGAGCGGCAGUGGCAAGACCGCCACUUUUGCGCUGGGUAUGCUGUACCGCGUGGACAUGAACCUCAAGGCUCCACAGGCUGUCUGUGUGGGUCCCACCCGUGAGUUAGUGCGACAGAUUAUGGCCGUGGUGAACGCUAUGGGUAAGUUCCUUGGCGUGGACACGUUCCUGGCCAUCCCCGGCAACGAUCUGGCUCGGGGUGAGACUUUGAAGGCACAGGUGAUCGUCGGUACCCCCGGCAAGAUCGAGGGUAUGAUCAAGAAGAAACAACUGGACACUCGUAACGUCAAGAUCUUCGUACUGGACGAAGCUGACGUCAUGGUGGCCGAGGACGGCAUGCGCGAACGCUCGGUGUCUAUCAAGCGAUUCAUCAAGAACCGCGCGUGCCAGUACCUGCUCUUCUCGGCCACAUACGCUGACGAUGUGCGUGAUUUCGCCCAGAAAAUGGUGCCCGACCACAACAUUAUCACGGUCAAGAAGGAGAAGCUCACGCUCGACGGCAUCAAGCAGUUCUGGAUCGACUGCAAGUCCCGCGAGAACAAAUUCCAGGUGCUAUCGGACAUUUUCGCCAUCCUGAGCAUCGGCAAGUGCGUCAUCUUCGUACAACAGCGCGAGACUGCCAAGGAACUGACGCGUCGUAUGCGUGAGAAGGGCCAUUCGGUCGGUAUUUUACACGGCGCCGACAUGGCCAAGGAGGUGCGUGACCAGGUCAUCGACGAGUUCCGUGCCGGCACGACCAACGUGCUGAUCACCACGAACGUUCUGGCUCGUGGUAUCGACGUGGCGGGCGUCUCACUUGUCGUCAACUUCGACAUCCCGCUGACUCGCGACCACCGUCCCGACCCGGAGACGUAUCUGCACCGUAUCGGCCGUACCGGUCGCUUUGGCCGCAAGGGCUGUGCUAUUAAUUUCGUGUACGACAACAAGAGCAAGCAGGACCUCGCAGAGAUUGAAGAGUACUACGCACGUCCGAUCACUCAGGCCCCUGCAGACGACAUUGAGGAACUCGAGAAGCUACUGGCUUGGGAAUAAACGCAGAAGUCAAGCAGACAGCGUAGGAAACAAGAACAUGUCAGUGUUUUUUUUCUCUAUCUGCUCUUUACACACUGAAGAAGUUGAGUUUCUUGUCGUCACCACCAGUGACGAAAGCCACGCCCUCGUUCUGGUUUCUCCAGCUUAGAUCAAGGAGUUUGCCUUCGUGUGCACUCACAGUGUGCAGCGGGAUUGUACUGCGUGCGUCCCAGACCUUGGCUGUGCCGUCGUAGCUGCCAGACACGAACAGGUGCUCGUUGUUGCUGUCCGGAUGCCAAUCCACGGAGCUCACCCACUCCUUGUGUGAGCGGAAUGUGCGCUGAACGAUACUCUCGCCACUCUGUUGAGCACGAGGGUCCCAUAGACGAACGCAGUGGUCCGGGUGGGCCGUGAGGAUAAGUCCGUUCGCGUUGACACUGAGAUCGGACACGGCACGGUUACCGACAAGUGCCUGCGAGCAGGACUGGGUCACAAGGUCCCAUAGACGUACGUUGCGGUCGCUGCCGGCAGAUACAACCACGUCUUCGUCGUGCUCCGAGGUCUUGGGACGGAACGCUACGCCCGUCACGUAGCUCGUGUGGCCCACCAGCACGAUUUCGGCUUCGAGUUGUUGGAAACUCACGGCACCGGCGUCGUCCUCCGUCUUCUUGUGUUUCUUGGCCGAGCGCUGUUCACCUGACUCCUCCGGGGUCUGCCACACACGCACUGUGUUGUCCCAACUGCCAGUAACUACACGCUUACCCAACGCGUGCAUCUGCACGGCGUCGACACUGUUCAAGUGGCCGGUAAGAGCUGCCAUUGGCGACAAUUUGGACAACUUAAUCGUGUAUCUCCAGAGCUGUGCGAGCUGAUCUUUGCCACUGCUGGCAAUGAUAAACUCUCCACUCUUGCUGGAUGCUACACUCACUGCUUUAAUGGCGCCCUGGUGAGCCUUCACAGAGGCCUUGCAGUCUCCCUGAGCGUCGUACACACGCAGUACGCCGUCAUAGCAACCGGUGACGACCAGUUCGUCAUCCAGAGAUGCUACAGCACUGACCCAGUCCGGAUGGUCACUGCCGUUCUGCUUUUGCGGUUCAGGAAGCGCCUCCACGUACUCGAGUGUGAGCAGAGCCUCCUCUGAGACGCCGUGAGUCUGCAGAUACUUGUCCAGCGACGAGCGCAGAAACAAACCGUCGAUAAGGAAGUCAAAAGGCCGAGGUGAGUCGCCCGUGGCCAACAGGUGGUUAACCACUUGCGAGAGUCCGCGGCGAUUGAGACGCGUAGGCACCGCGAACGGAGUCUCCGUCACGCGGAUAGAUGCGUCCUUAGUCACGAACUUGACGCGAACCUGUACAGCAUUGACACGAUGAGAUUAGCCGCGAUAUAUACUAUUUGCUGUUGAAGGAGUUUCUGCUAUCGAAC